CAUCCCAUAUUCCACCGCCGCUAGACUCAUGCUAGGCUCAAAUAUCUGGGUUUAGCAAAGUUUGUCCCGACUAGAAGGAACCAUUAGUGCGAGGUCCUCCAUCUAAGUUGAUGGGCUGAUUGCACUUAGGAUGCAACCCUGAUUCAGGAACAGGCAGACAGGUCAUCCUUUCGGCCUCCACACUCGGGCUGCUGUGGCUGCUCUGAUACAUUCACGGCACCAGGGGGAUUGGAUGGAUCCUGGAUCGUGGAAUUCGUCCAGGGCCCCCCGCUGCAUACUAACGCAGCACUCGUUCUAGACGUGCUUGACGUUUCUUGUACAUGGGAUACAUUGGAUACAUUGGACUCCUCAAUGAUUGGUUGAGCUAAACAAUGAUGGUAGAGCCACGAGCCGACCUCUUGUGGUCUUUGUUCCUCGGGAUUUUAUAUAAGACUUUGUGUCAUCCCGCAUCCUAACUACAACACACACUCUCUAUCAACCGAAUACAGAAACCACACGGCAACGAGCCAUCAGAUAUAGAUACUUUGACUAUCACUCCUAUCAAUAAACAACAAACAAAAUGGGCCUAUUCGCUAAAAUCGCCGCCUUUGCUGCUGCUUCGGCUACUCUGGUUAGCGCCAACUCGUUCACAUUCAUCAACCAGGACGGCGCCACCCGCCACAUCACCUUUACCCCGUCUGCAGGACAAGCACCUAUCGCUCCCAUCACGAUUGGAGGAAACAGCCAGACCAGAGUGGACUUCCCCCAGGGAUGGAUCGGCAAUGCUUACUCUUUCAACGAGGGUGCCCCUGACGUCCCGGGCAUGCUCGCCGAGGUUGCUUUCAACGGCUGGAACGGCUUGACAUACUUUGAUGUCUCGGCCAUCGUGAACCCUAACGACGUUAACGGUGUCAAGGAAAUGUACCCGGCCAGUCAAAUGCAAGCCGCGUCCAAGGUUGCUGUAUCCGGAUGUCAAGUGUUCCCUUGCGGUAGCGCUUACUACCACCCUGACGACAUCCAGACCGUCACUACCCCGGAGGCGGACCUUAUUGUCACCCUCGGCGGUGGUGCCCCUGCCCGCCGUGACGUUGAGGCCAUGGUGGUCCCGCGUAACUACGUUCUCGGCAAGCUCUCUGCGUAAGAGGAGUCUUAUCCUGCCUUGAAAGCGUUGUGCGCCGAGCGCUCGGAAAUGAUUAAACGACUUUAUUUCUACUGGCAUUACCCAUCCUUUACAACCGCCAGCCCGCCGCGAGCCUAGGUGCUUUGCGCAACAUUCACGACCUCGAAGGAUCGUGCUGGUAAAAAAGAAUAUUACUUCCCCGGCGGAGUAGAAGAUGGCAUGCUGGUCAGGUUCCCUUCC